AACAGAACAGCCCAAGAGAGAGAGAGGAGAGAGAGAGACACACACACACUCAUACUGAGACGCACACACACACGCACGGGCAGGAGGCUACGGGCGCUGUGUCUAACAAAACGCACCAGAGGUGUUCAGAGAGAGAGAGAGAACAGCACCGUCGCUCAACCUUGUGGUAUUUUGAAGUUAAUUUUUUGGCGGAGGUUUCAUGCGAAUGAGAGUGAACUCUUGUUUUUUAACCUCCGUCGCGGAAGGCUGUAAUUUUUUUUUCCACGGAAAGAACAAGCCAGUCAGUUUGUGUGACGGGUUCAGAGGGUCCCCUCUCUCUCUCUCUUGUCUGUCUGUCUGUUACUGGGAGGGUUUUCCGUGUUUUCUAGGACAGCGUUCUGGCGUGCUUGUGAGACCAUCCCCGAUAGGAUGUAACAGAGAGAAACAUUCAAAAACCGGCUACCGGAGAGGAAGUGACACCAUCCGAGGCUUAAAAAGGACACAAUCUUUUUUCUUCUUCCGUAAUUGUGUUUUUAUUUGGUUAGAGAGAGAAAAACUGGCGUUCGGAAAAUAAGACUGGAGCUGGAGAGCGGUCUGUGAUGUGAGAGAGAGACGCGGAAAGAGGAAUAUCGACAUACACGGAAAUAUAGCGGGACAUCAAGGGAGAGAUCAGGAGUGGAAUUUACAAAAAAAACCAAAACAUCUAGCCCCCUCCAACACACACCCACAAGAAAAAGGCCCCCUCCGGGGAAGAGUCGGAGUUUGGCGAGGAUUGAUGUUGAAGAGAAUGAGAACCACGGCACCCCUAUGGAUCAUUUGGUGUUUAUUCACACUUGGAGCUGGACAAAACGGAGAGGCACAAUGCGGGGAACGUUUAAAUGCAGGAGAAGCAGGUUACAUCACCUCGCCUGGAUACCCACAGGACUACAUGGCGCACCAGAUGUGUGAAUGGGUCAUCUAUGCCCCUGAGAGCCACCAGAAGAUCCUGCUGAACUUUAACCCGCAUUUUGAACUUGAAAAACACGACUGCAGGUAUGACUACAUUGAAAUCCGUGAUGGAGAUGGGGAGAGUGCGGAUCUGCUGGGCAAACACUGUGGGAACAUUGCCCCAUCAUCCAUCAUCUCCUCAGGUUCUUCGCUCUACAUCAAGUUUGUGUCGGACUACGCGCACCAAGGAGCAGGAUUCUCACUGCGUUACGAGAUCUUCAGGACAGGGUCCGACGAUUGCUCCAAGAACUUUACUGCCCCCAGUGGCACGAUUGAGUCUCCCAAGUUCCCUGACAAGUACCCGCACAAUCUGUACUGCACUUACAUCAUUCAGGCACCGCCCAGGUCAGAGGUGACCCUCACCAUGCUGACCUUCGACCUGGAAUAUGAUCCCCUGCAGAUUGCACCAACAGACUGCAGAUAUGACCGUCUCGAUGUCUGGGAUGGUCUUCCGGAAGUGAGCCCACUGAUUGGACGCUACUGUGGUUCCAAGAUCCCAGCGGUGAUCCGUUCCGAUACCGGGAUCAUGUCACUCACCUUCCACACAGAUAUGGCCGUGGCUAAAGAUGGAUUCUCUGCCGUGUACAACAUCACAGCGAAAGACACCGUGGACGCCUAUCAGUGCAAUAGUCCACUGGGAAUGGAGUCUGGCCAGAUUAGCAACAUGCAGAUCACUGCUUCAUCCUCCUAUACCUACGGAAACUGGGAUGCGACCCAAGGACGGCUCAAUUACCAAGUCAAUGGUUGGACACCGAAUGAGGACACCAUCAGGGAAUGGAUCCAGGUGGAUCUCGGGAUAUUGAAAAUUGUGACCGGCAUUGCCACCCAGGGGGCUAUCUCUGUAGAUACAGCCAAGGUUUACUUUGUUAGCACCUACAAGCUGGAAGUGAGCUCCAAUGGAGAAGACUGGAUGGUCUAUCGACAAGGGAAGAACCACAAGUUGUUUCCGGCCAACACGGAUGGUAACGAGGUGGUCCUGAACACACUGACCCCGCCCGUCGUGGCUCGCUUUGUUCGCAUCCGGCCUCAGAAUUGGAAAAACGGGAUUUCAAUGCGUUUCGAGCUCUACGGCUGCCAGAUUACAAAUGCGCCGUGCUCCGAUAUGCUGGGAAUGCUGUCCGGACUCAUCCCCGACUCCCAGAUCACGGCCUCCUCCACCAGGGACUAUCACUGGUCCCCGGGCAGUGCCCGGCUCGUCGCCAGCCGAUCGGGCUGGUACCCACGGCAGCCUCACCCUCCGCCCGGCACGGAGUGGCUCCAGGUGGCCCUGCCCACUCCAAAGGCUGUCAGUGCCAUCAUCAUCCAGGGGGCACGCGGAGCAUCGGUCGUGGAUGGCGGGACAGGAGGGGAGAACAAGGCUUUUGUACGGAAGUUUAAAUUGGCGUACAGCAUGAACGGAGCCAACUGGACAUUUGUGAAGGAAUCUGGAGGAUCACGGCAUAAGAUGUUUGAAGGGAACAACAACUACGACACUCCUGAGAUCCGCCGAUUUGAUCCCGUUCCUGCACGCUUUGUCCGAGUGUAUCCAGAGAGAUGGACCCCCGCCGGAAUUGGGAUGCGCUUUGAACUACAGGGCUGUGAUUUAAUGGCAACCACCACAUCUGUUGCCACCGUUGUCUCCACACAGUGGGUUGGAGAGAAUGCCACAGAGGCUCCGUGCGCCAGUGAGGAUGACCCAUCCUGCAUGGCCAAUCCUCAUAUAAUUGAAAUCCAGUCUGGCAUCGAAGGCUUCAACUGCAGUUUCGGGGAAUCGCGUGACAACGAGCUCUGCGGAUGGACGCAUGACCCAUCGGCUGCGUUUAAGUGGACGGUCCAUUCUGGCAUCUCCAAGCCCGAAGAUGUUGGGCUGAACCAGGCGCACAGCACAGGCAAAUGGAAUUACCUGCAGAUUGAAGCCACCAAGAUGGCUGAAGGACAGCGUGCCAGGUUGCUUAGUCCCAUGGUGCCACCCAUCAACAGCCACCGUUGCAUGGUGUUCUGGUACCGGAUGCGUGGUGCCAAUGUUGGCACCUUACGGGUGCUGCUGAGGAAGAAGACCAACGAUGUGAUGCUGUGGUCACUGAGGGGAGAUCAGGGGGACAAGUGGAAAGAGGGCAAGAUCAUCCUACCGGGAUACAACGUUGAUUAUCAGGUCAUAAUCGAAGGCAUCGCAGGAAGUGAUGUGAGUGAGGACCUGGCGGUUGAUGAUAUCGCCAUAGCGUCGCACGUGUCCCUUGACCAAUGUAUACAACCCAUUAGUGCCUUUCCAGGAAUCCACCCUACUGAUAUACCGACAGGGGGACGCCCUGCAGGGAGCGAACCCACAGUGGAGUCUGUGUCAGCGCAGCCCAUCCCCAGUUAUUGGUAUUACAUAAUGGCCGGAGGAGGUGCUCUGAUAGUGCUGCUCUGUAUCACUCUGGGCAUGGUGCUGUAUCGCCAACGGUACGGAUUUGCGGCCAAGAAAAGCCUUCACUCGGUCAAUUUCCAAAACGUCCGAUUCCCCAACAGCUAUGUCACAGGAGUGGAGCCUGGGCUCACUAUAAAAAUUGGAAAGGAAGAUUACACCUCAAACUGAGAGAUUGCACGGCUAGUUAACAAAAAAAAACACACACACAUACAAAACGUUGAAUCGUAUCGCUGGCUCGACUUGCACUCUUCACUGCGAUCGCCAUGGGAACGCCUUUUUUUUCUAUUCUCUCAACUCAACAUCGCACCUGUGGAUUAUAAAUAGAGAAGAAAAGAGUGAUGAUCUCACACGCAUCGUGUUAUCUUUUGAUUUGAUUUUUUUCCUCCCUCCUUCUUCUGAGAGAAUUUGAUUGCGCGAGAUCGCCUCAUGGAGUCGUUCACAGAGCAGACCGAAGGGAUGGCUGAGGAGGGAGAGGCCUUCUACAUUUCUCUGAGAAGUCAGCGGCUUGUGAAGAUUGUUCAUUUGUCGACGUCUCGCAUCAUUCUGGUUGGAAAACGAAUCAACAUUCCGUACCUGCAACACACGUGCAAAGAAAAAUAUUUUUUAAAACACAAACAAAAAACACGAGGAAGUGUGUGGCAGUUCCCAGUAAAGUCUCUCCUUUGGGGCCAGACUUAAAUUUCAUUUUAAUGACAUUCAGGGAAUGCGGUUGCUUUAACGUGGAGUAUUUCUAGGGAGUACAUGCUGGCUUCCACGUCUGUCUUUGUUUGUUCUUCUCUUUCUGUCUUAACUUUGUACUGCAGCCUUUAUGAAUUAAUCUGCUUGGGCUUUAUAUCACUAGCAGUUGAAAACAUUCUUCCAACUGGAAGAGAGCAAAGGACCUCACUGUGGUCCUUUUGUUGUCUCUCAAUCUCGUCUCCCGUUUUUCCUCCCAUAUCCCAGUAGAACCAGAGCACUGGUGGACUGGUCAGUCAUCCCGCUCUGUUUGUGGAAUCUUGCUGUGCACCAACUUGGUGAACCGACUCCCCCACACUCCAAAGCAGUUUGUUCUACCCCAAGCAGUGAGAUGCUUCAGAGUAUUGAGUUGGCGGGGAGUGGGGGGGGGUGUGUGUUGGUGGGUGAUGAGAAUGAGUGGUGGUGGGUACAGGAGAUGGUGCUUCGGUCUAUGUGCCUCCAUCUUUCUGAAAGUGCAAAGGAGUAGCACCACAACAAUUUGCAAAGACUCGAGCAAUUUGAGAUCCAAUUUGUGCUGCGGCCUGGAAUGGUCAGGGUGGCCAUUUUGGAAUCGGGCCUUCAGGGUACCGGCGGCGACCCACCACACAAUUUAGUGAAACAGCCUGCUAAAAAUUGUUAGGUACUGAUUUCUCAGGUUUUGUUUAAGAAAUGAAACCCGAAUGCUAGAGGGAAAGAGAGAGAUAGAGAGCGAGAUGGGGGGGUAGGGUAAGAAAAAUUGGGACUAUGAAUGUAAAUACCUGGCUCCUGGCAGAAAGGGGCAUUUCCAUUUGUUCCUUGCCCUGUGAAAAGGAUAGCAAAAGCUAAGACCGUUGCGAGGGACAGGAAUUCACAUGUAAUUGCUAUGUUUGUGAAAAGAUUCCUACCAGUUUUCAAAAAUAGGUCUAUCUUACUCUUUAUUCUGCCGAAAAUUACAUCUUUGAAAGGCAAAUCAAGCUGAAUUGUGCAAUAAUUGAGAAGCCAAAUGAACACACCUGCCACAACUCUCUCUGCCUUCUAGAACAUUCCUAAAAUAGGACAAACAACAUUUUUCAGUGUGAUUUUGUUUUUUGCAUGUGAUGCUGAAAGAAAGUGCCUCUUCGACCACCUGUAGCAUGCCUUCAUGACUUUGAAAAAUGCACUCACAAUAUGAUAGCAAGGCUUGUAAAGAUAAAAUCUGCUUUCCCACUGAAUGAGCCUCCAUUUUGUAAUCUUCCCUUUAACUCCCCUCCACUGACGUUCCAGAAGGGUUCCUCAUCCAAAACAUGAAUCAGGGAAUUAAGACAGAGCUAAAUCCAGUGAAGGUCUUGGGAAUUAUUUGACUUCCCUUGUUUCAAAUCUUAGUACCCGCCACCGUCCCAGUGAAUUGGCCGCACUGCUUCAGAGAAUGAACACUUCCCCAGUUUUGUUACCUGAGGGAACAUCUUGAAUCUAUUGGGUGCCUCUCCUGCGGAAUAGUGCCCCAGGGUGUGAAAUGAGAUGACAGUGGCUGCCUGAAGAGAGAGAGGCUGAGGGCCCAGAAUCUCAGCCCUUGCGUAGCUUUUAAAGAGCAUCGGAGAAAGCAGAGAAAGAGGUGGACACGUUUAGGGAGGGAAUUCCUCCGCCUGCCACCAGCCCAAAGAAGCCUGAGCCACAGAGGCAUAGAGUUCUUGGGGGGUUUAAACAGUUGUUUAAGCUUUUGUGUGUCACAGAAGGAGCAACUUGGUGGCCUACUCAGUACAAUGCCAAGUACACCGCAUAAUACAAUACGCUGCAUGUGUAUAUUGUGCAGUACAUUGCAUUGUACAGGACCUGCAUUACAUGUGCACUGCCCAUUACAUUAUGUUGCAUUACACAGUACAUUGCGUUCCACAGUGUACUGUACACUGCAUAGACAGUACACUGUAUCCCUGGUAAACUGCAGUUCCCUGCAUUACGCGGUACACUGCACUGCACAACAUCCUGCAUUACACAUUACAUUGCACUACUCUGCAAACUGCUCAGUACUCUACCUUACACAAUACGUUGCAUUCUUCAGUAUAUUACAUUCUACAGUACAUCACAAUACACAGUGCACAAUAGUCCUUACAGAUCAGUCAUAAUCUAAAUGUGUGGCAGACUGGGCUUGAGGGCUUGAAUUACUCACUCCAGUUUCCUGGGUUCAACGGGAAGCUAGGUUUGUGCUAAGCAGAAGUGCUCAAUGUUUCAGUGCCUGUUGUGCCUCAGACAAUCUUUCAGCGAAGAUUGUGUGUUCAGUUCCCGGUCCAGUGGCGUGAGCACAAACAUCUCAGCUGACACUCCAUUGCAGUAUUGCCUGAGUGCUGUGCUGGCAGAGAUACUGUCUUUCAGAUGAGACACUAAGCUGAGGCCUUCUGUGUCAUAUCAGAUAGGAUGUAAAAGAUCCUGAGCAAUUAAGAAAAUUGGAGUUAUCCCUGGUGUCCUAGCCAAUAAAUAUUUGAAAUAAUUACCCCAAUUAGCAUUACGUGAAACAUAUGAAUUGGUCCUGAUUACAUUGCUGUUUGAAGAAGCUUGCUGUGCAUAAGUUUGUAGGCAUGUUUCCUAUAUUAUGACAGUAAUUGUACAAUACAUCAUUGGAUUUAAAGCCUUUAGAAUGUCUGUGGUUGUGGUGGGCACUGUGUAAGUGCAAGUCUUUUUUUUCUCUCUCUGAUCUCAGAUGCAUCUGAAAUUACAAUACCUUGUCUCUUAAAUUAAUUUCUAGCUUUGACAUUGCUGACCUUGAUGAGCCUAUAGGCAAACACACAUACAGGCAGUCAUGUAUACACACACAUGCACACAAGCGUGUGCACACACAUAAAAACAUAUACACAUACACACACACAUAUACACACAAACAUAAACACACAUACACACAAACACAUAUACACACACAAACGCACAAACAUGCACACACAAACACACACACUCACUCACCCACACACACACAAACACACACACACACACACACACACACACACACACACACAGGCAUGUACAUAAAAGUGUCCUCUUAAAGUGGUUGUUUUCUGCAUGCCUUGGCCACAUUGUUUUAGUAGCCUUUGUCAACUUCAUGAUGAUGUCACGCUGAUUGCCAUUUCUGCCUAGAAAUAGAUGUCAACAAGAUGGUCUUUAGAAAGAUUUGAUUGAAACAGGAUUUUGCUGGUGAUUAGCCAGAAAAGGAGUUUGCUCUGUUCUAAUGGUAAUCACAUACUCUGGGGGGAAGAGGAGAAAGAAAAGAACUUAAAAUGCUCACGGCUCCUCAUUUUCCGUGUAAUUUGAGUCUGCAGCGAGCAGCAUGACAUCGCCAUCCAGUGACAAAAGGCUGUUAAUGAUUCUGCCUAGCAAUCAAUCAUCACUCUCAGUAAGUAGAUGAUCCUUCACUCCGAGACGUGCUUUCCAAAGCAGUCUUAAUCCAAAUGUCACAUUUAUUCAUAUUCCCAGCACUUAAAACUCGUCGUACAAUUGCCACGUAAUCACCAGCACUCGAAAAGAAAGGCAUUUCUGCCAAUUUGAACUAGGCCCAUGUAUCAGCCAUGCUUCAGUGGCUAACACUCAGGCCCCCUGACUCAAACGAUUGUGGGAUCCACUGUGCGUAGGAUCAGUGUCUCAACAGAGACACGACAGCAAAGUCUGGCCUGAUACCCCAGUGCAGUUGAGCACUCAGAGGAAUAGAAUAAAGAAUACAGGAUUCCACCUCUUGCCAUGCCUGUCCUUCGCCAACAUCAGUAAGAGGCAGAUUGUCUAGUGCUGUUUGUGGGGCCUUAACUGUGCACAGAUUGGAUGUUGUCUUUCCCCAGAUCACAGCAGUGACUGCACUUAAAUACUGUAAAGCAGUUUGAGAGCUCAUGAUGUUGUGGGAGGUGCUAUUUCAACGCAAUUCUAUCGUCGUACCAUUUCCGGGCUUACUUUCCUGUGAAAGCGAUUGGUGACACAACUGUUUCAGUGACUGCCAUUCCUUAUUUUUGCCUUCACCAAAAAAAAGUGUUUGCCAAGCCUAUUUUCUACCUUACGUUUUGGCAAGCAGUAGAGGUGCUGGGGCACCUGUGUGCCAAAAUGCAUCGCUGCACUCCUGAUUCACUCCUAGUGAGCACCAAUAAAUGCAUGCCAGGGCGAUAUUUAUUUCACGUGGGCAAUAUCCUUUUAAAACUGCUGUGUAAAGACAGUAUUCUGGAAAGAGUGUCCUUGAUAUCACAUUGCUCUGGUGAUAUCAAAGAAGCGCCUGCGCUGACAUUACUGGAGGGGCUGUGAGCAGCACGGUGAAUGAGGAGGAGGAAGAGUGGUUGCAGUAAUCCAGGAGUGGGAGAGUCCAAAACUAGAGGGGCAUGUUUUUAAGGUGAGAGGAGAAAGUUUUAAGAGAGGACAUGAGGGGUAACAUUUUUACACAGAGAGUGGUUUGUGUGUGGAAUGAACUGCCAGAGGAAAUGGUAGAUAUGAGUACAGUUACAAUGUUUAAAAGGCAUUUGGAUAAGUACGUGAAUAAGAAAUGUUUGGAGGGAUGGACUAGCUUACUUCAGGAUUAUGGUUGGCACAGACUGGUUGGACCAAAGUGUCUAUUUCCAUGCUGUAUGACUCUAUGACUGCCUCCGACCUGCAGUUGAUCCCAGCCUAACCAAGAAAUUCCCAAAGCAAGGCUGCAUCAUGUAGAUUGCAACAAAUUCCUGGAGCUGAUUAGAAUUGUUUAGUGCAACUUGCAUUUUCUUCCCUAAUCUUGCUCCGUAACUAAUGCCAGCUCCUCACCAGGCAAGGCAUUUGAUCUGUCUGCAGUAUGCACAGGAAGGUCUCAUUGCUAGGGAGCUUUAUGAAGCCUAGCUCCCAAAUCACCUGUUCCUCCCACGCCUGUUACACUAUUACCGCAAGUCAUGUCUGAAAUUAAUCAUACACUGUUUCCCAAAACGUUUCCUGAAAGAAAUCUUAUCUAAUUUGCAUCUGAAUGAAUCAACACUAACUGCUUGUACUGUCUCCCUAGAGACGGUUCCACACAUUGACCACUCACCUGUGACAAUAAUACUUCCGCAGAUCAGCUCUGUAUUUUUCUCUCUAUAAUUUAGCGUAGGCAGCUUCCUCUGCUCCCAAAAGGUGACACGAGGGGUGCUUUUUGUUUACGCAGAGAGUGGUUCAUGUGUGGAAUGAAGUGGAUGUGGAUACAGUUACAAUGGUUAAGAGACAUUUGUACAUGAAUAAGAAAUGAUUGGAGGGGUAUGGGCCAAGCACAGGCAGGUGGGACGUUUAGUUUGGGAUUAAGUUCAAUGUGGACUGCAGGAUCUGUCUCUGUGCUGUAUGACUCCGUCAUCUCGUCCCUUUCCAAUCCUAGAAAUCAUCAUCACCUUUACACCUUCACAAGUGGUGAGCUAAUAAAAUGCACAGAUUUCUUUUGCUGCACAAAAGAGGUGCCAAAUCUUAAGAAAUGGAAUUUCUGUUAUUUGAUGCUUGUUGGAAAGAAUGAAUUGACACAGUCAGAGAGGUGAGCUGUUUCAAAGAUAGUAGGCACCUAUUGAAAGGGCAGUCCUUUAUGUGCUGGGGAAGUGUCCUCUCUGUGAUGUUUUUCUGUAAUUAACAUGUGUGCCAUCCUCCAUUAGAAGACAAGCAAUUCAUUGUUCUUUUAUACUUUUUAGCCAUCUAGCAAUUAUGCAAGGAUCAAAUCAUCCACCAGACCUCCCUAUUACUCCAUUUUCCAAGACCUACCUCAAUGUUGCCACCCCUGGUUGGCUAUAAUCCUGACUGUCCCAUCAAGUGACCUUUAAGCUGGUCAAAUUUGUUUGUGUUCUUGUUUUAUCUUCACAGCUGUUAUUUUAGUAACUGGCAAGUAAAACUUUUCAAAUGAUUAGUUUUACACAGGGUGGACCCUUACUUGAUGGUUUUUCUUUGCCUCUGCUGGUUUCCUGGAGAUUCAUUGUGAAAAACCAGAUGUUCCAGGUCAUUGGGUGGACACAGUGGCUCAGUGGUUAGCACUGCAUCCUCACAGUGCCAGAGGGCCAGAUUUGAUUCCAGCCUCGGGGGACUGUCCGCGUGGAGUUUGCACAUUCUCCCUGUGUCUGUGUGGGUUUCCUCUGGGUGCUCUGGUUUCCUCCCACAGUCCAAAGACGUGCAGGUUAUGUGGAUUGGCCAUGGCAAAUACGGGGUUACAGGAAUUAGAUAGGGGCUCAGUCUGUCUGGGAUGCUGUUCUCAGGGUGGUUGUGGACUCAAUGGGAUGAAUGGCCUACUUUUAUUAUUACUUCAAUCUGGAAUCAGAAAGUGUGCAAUACUUAUGAAACACUGGAUGUUACAUCGUUUCCUCAAGAUAAAUGGUCAGCAUAGUUUGCUAUGGUUCAGUCAGUAAUUUGCAUUAGUGAGUAAUAUGCAUGAAUGAGUGUGAACACUGCGCAUUGUGGAGAGUGCUGAGAAUUUACAGUGUGAGAUCAAAGGUAGAUAAGAGAAGGAUGGGCAAUUUAUGAAAUGACUGCUGGCUGAAAAAGUAAAAGAAAGACUUGUACUUAGCUCAGAGAUAAUAGGAGCUGCAGAUGCUGGAGAAUCCGAGAUAACAAGGUGUAGAGCUGGAUGUUCAUCCAGCUCUUCACCUUGUUAACUUGUACUUACCUAGUGCCUUUGGAAUGUCCCAAAGCACUGUACAAUUAAUUAUGUACUUCUUAAAGUAAAAAGAAAAAAUGUUGGAAAUGCACAGCAGGCCUGGCAAUGGCGGAGAAGAGAGAAGGGCAAAGUUAAUGCUUCAGGUUAUGACCUUUCACCCAGAACUGGAAAUGUUGGAGAAAUGGCUGGGUUCAAGCAUGUCUGGAAUCAGGGUCACAGUGGGAAGGGUUAAAGCACGGAUCUGUGCUAGGACAGAAGACAGAAAAGUUGAAAUGACAAAGCAGAUGUUGGAGUAAAAUAAAAGCGAAUGACAGCGGCAUAAGCGAAUGAGAAGGGGAUGGGACGGAGGAAGUGUGAAUGGUAGUGAUAGAAUCAUUGUCAUAAGCUGCUGUCUCAAAAAUUGGUGGUUAUGGUCUGAAAUAAUUGAACUCAGUUGUUGUGUGCUGAUGACGGUAUGGUGCCUAACUCAUGUUUCCAUUGAGCUUCAUUGGCAGGCCAAGGACAGAGAGGUCAGGGAGAGGAUCAUGUGGAGAAUUAAGACAAUAAGUGACUGGAAUCUCAGGGUUAUGCUCGUGUUCAGAAAACGAUCAGCCUACCGCAUCUGGUCAGCCCAAUGCAGAGGAAACUAUAUCUAGCAGCAGAACAACGUUGACAUAAGCAUAAGGAUAUCGUGGUGGAAGGUGAGUCGGGGUUGUUGGAUGGUGAGCAUGGAGGAGGAAAAAGGGCAGGCAUUACCUCAUAUGUGCUGGCAUGGAAGAGGGCAAUGGGAAGGGGAAUUGGGAAUGCCUGAGGAGCAGACCGUUAGGAACAGUGCCUUCUGAAUGAUGAAAGUAGAGGGGAGGGGAAGAUGUGUUUGAUUUUUCCAUGACCCUGGAGUGGCAAAAAUGGUUGGGAUUAAAUCAGUCUGUUGAGUAGGGGAGCUGAUCCUUAUUGUGGUUUGGAAAGGAGGAGAAGGGGAAGUGUAGUUAAUAAAUUGGAUACAGCCAAUCACAGCGGUGAGGGGGGGGGGUGCAGUUCUAAAUAGAGGAAAACAUUUAUAGAAGGUAAUAUCAUCGGGCAAGAUGCAGCAAAGUUGGAAGGAGCUGGCAGAUUCGAAUAGUAUCCAUACAGGAAGCAAAUAACUGGAAUCAAGGUAACCAUGGGAGCGAGUGAAUUGACGUGAAUAUUCGUGAAUAACAUGUUCCGAGAAAAAAACGCAACAAGGGAAGGGUCAAAGAUAGGCCAGCUGAAGGCGGAGGAAGGAUCAAAAAUGGAGCAACAUUGAUGAAAUAUUCAGUGUGCAACAGGGAAGCUGACGAGCGCCGGAACAAAGAAUGUUUCACACCUCCCACAGAAAGGCAGGCGUAGCCAGGACUGGGACAGCCUCCUUUUAAAGUAUAGUCAACUUGCAUGCCCGUGCAGGUCAUGUCCAAGCAGACCUGAAUGAUUGGCAUUGAUUGAGGGAUUGACGUUGGCUGGGAGAACUCCCCCUACCAUUCUUCGAAUAGUGCCAUGAGAUCUUUCACACCCUCCUGAGGGGGCAGACUAGGUCAUGCUUAAACAUCCAGAAGGCAGCGCGUCUCUGACAGAGCAGCGCUGAAGUGCGUGCCCAGAUUUUACGUGCAAGCUCCCUGCAGUGUCCUCCCUGAACCCACAACCUUUGACCUGCUGAGCGACAACCGUUGACAGUCUGUGAACAAAUUGAAGGUCAGCCACAAACCACUGAGGCAGAUCAAUACACCUGGAUAGGUAAGCCCGUCUAACUGAGGGGCAAUGUGUGAUUUCUAGGGAAGGUUUUAAGCUGGAACGGGAGAGCUGUGCUAAUUAAAGAUUGGAUUCCAAUCCCAGGCUGCAGUGUUCGAUCUGGCAGGGGUUUAUGUUAGAAGGAAGAAGCCGAGUUUUGAUUGAAUCACCACAGGAGUGCAGAAAGCCCUCGUUAAUUCUGAGAUUCUUAAUUCCAACAUGAGAGCUAUUUGAAACAUUGCAGGUAGCUUUGAAUUUACUCUCAGUCUUCCCAGCGCACGGAGUAUAUCAAAUUUGUGUGCCACACUGCUGUUGCUGGUGUUUUAAUGAGGCCGUGAGGCCAUUUGGUUAAACUCUACUGCAAAUGCUAAGGUGGAAGAAUGUGCAAAAACAUAUACCCAAACAGUAAAUUCCUUCAGUUCAUAACCUCAUGGGAAGGUACUGUCUCUUCCCUCCAUAAUUGUAAAGCUAUUUUUGCACAUCGCUUACAGGUAGAAAAUGAAGUGGCGAUCGGACAGGUUAAGAUAAUCGGAAGGGAUAAAAUGAAACGAUUUGUGCCGGUGUGGGAGACCAACACAAGGCAGCAGCACCAUAAAACUAGCACUGGACCACUCUGGGCUGCUUUCUGAAAAUGUUCCUUCACUCAAGAGUUGGGUGGGAAUCGGAAGCUCCCUCUCACAGAACAGCCGCUGAGUCUGGUGCUCGGUUGAACAGUUGAAAAUUGAGGUUGACAGAUAUUUGUUGGGCAAAACCAUGAAGGAACAUGAAACAAAGGCAAGUAGGUGACAUCAGGUUCUGGGUUGUGCGUGAUCAAAUUGACUGACAGAACUGGUUUGAGAGGCCGAAUGGCCUGCUCCCGUUUCUGUGUUCUACCUCUGUACUGUUAAGUGAUCUGUUAUGACGAUCAUUAAUGCGUCUUUCUGCUUGAAAAGGUUAAUGUCACAGUCCAAUCUCAUUGCAGGUUAAAACGCCAAACACUUUUUACCAUGAAUAUCAAGGCCCUGUAAGAACAGUAACAACCACUUUUAACACUGAUUUUGGGGCAAACAAUUCUGCGCUCUUCCCAUUGACAGUUGAAAUGUAAAUGAGAGCUUGUGAGGGUUUUUGACAUCAGGGAAGUGGGGUUCCCCUCCAUUCUGUGGGUUCCUAUGAUCUCGGAAUGCCCACUGUGUAAAGAACCUUUUAGCUGGUCCUCCACCUGAGAGCCUACAAGCGGGAGUCAGAGGCUGUUGGCCAAAUGUACAAACAUCUCAGAUGUUUCCUUCGCCUGCUAAUGCCGCCAACUCAACCGUGAGUAAUCAUCGUACUCCUUCACCACCCAGCCUCCCCUCCCGAACCUGUCUUCUGCCAUUGUCCCAUCAUUCAAACUUCUGUCUGGUGCACAGUCAGAGAGUUGUAGAGCUGGACGGCGUGUGAACAGACCCUUGGGUCAGCUCGUCUGUGCUGACCAGGUAUUCCAAAUUGACUUAGUCCCAUUUGCCAGCAUUUGACCCAAAUCCCUCCAAACCCUUCCUUUUCGUGUAUCCGUCCAGAUGCCUUUUCAAUGUUGUAACUGUACCAGCCUCCACCACCACCUCUGGCGGCUCGUUCCGUACACGCACCAUCCCCUGUGUGAAAAUGUUACCCCUCGGGACCUUUCUAAAUCUUUCCCCUCUCACCUCACACCUACGGUCUCCAGUUUUGGACUCUCCUGCCCUGGGGAAGAGACCUUGGCUGUUCACCCUGUCCAGGCCCCUCAUGACUUUUAUAAGCGUCUACAAGGUCACCCCUCAGCCUCCGAAACUCCAGGGGGAGAAAAGACUCUCCCCCCAUAGCUCAAACCCUCCAACCCCGGCAUCAUCCCUGUAAGUCUUUUCUGAACCCUUUCAAAUUUCGCAACAUCUUUCCUAUUAGCAGGAAAUUAGUAGGGGAUAGUAGGGAGCAACACCACGUGCUCUGUGAGCGGGAUGCCUGUGGGGAGAAGCUUGUUUGUGCUUUUUUUUUCGCCGCACAAAUAUGG